GCUUAAGGAACUAAAAACAGGACGAUGAUGAUAAACUCCACACAGGUUUCAUAUUUUACACUCGGCGCCUACUUUGACACGGGGCUUUUAAAAUACUUAUAUUUCUUGUUCACUCUGACUUUUUAUGGUUCGAUUAUUUGUGCCAAUGUGCUGCUGAUUGUGGUCAUCUGUAUGAACAGAAGCUUACAUGAGCCUAUGUACCUGUUUCUGUGCAGCCUGUUUGUAAAUGAACUGUAUGGUAGCACAGGGCUGUUUCCAUUGCUCCUGGUUCAGAUUCUCUCUGACGUUCACACUGUUUCUGCUUCUCUGUGUUUCCUGCAGGUGUUUUGUUUGUAUUCGUACGGAGGUAUAGAAUUUCUGACCUUAGCCAUCAUGUCUUACGACAGAUACCUUGCUAUUUGUCACCCUCUACAAUAUAACACACGAAUGACUUUUAACAAGAUCGCCAUGCUUACUGCUCUAAUAUGGAUUUACCCUCUUCUUAUAAAUGCUUUCAUAGUGUACUGUCUGACUGCCUCUUUACAGCUGUGUGGGAACAUCAUCAACAAAGUUUACUGUGACAACUAUUAUAUCAUCAAACUGGCCUGUUCUGACACCACAGUCAACAACGUCUUUGGACUUGUUCACAUGUUUACAGUAAUCUUUGGUCUCAUUCUUUUAAUCCUUUACACUUACAUGAGGAUCCUUAAAGUGUGUUUCUCAGGCUCCAAACAGACCAGACAGAAAGCUGUCAGUACCUGCACACCUCACCUCACUUCCCUGCUCAACUUCUCUUGCGGUUGUUUCUUUGAAAUAGUACAGGGCAGGUUUAAUUUGAACAGUCUACCUAAUAUAUUACGUAUUUUUUUGUCACUCUACUGGCUCACAUGUCAGCCGCUCAUCAACCCUUUACUGUACGGACUGAAAAUGUCCAAGAUUCGCACUGUGUAUAAAAACCUGCUCUUUGGGAAAAGAACGUGA